AUGGCAACCUGGUUCCGGAGUCCGACUCCAAGUCAUAAAGUGGCGAGGUUGGUCCUGGUCCUGGUCCUAUUAGCUAGCCUAUACGGCUCCUGCCGUGGAUCUGAGUCUCGGAUCCAUCCGGGUCGCGACCUGUUGGCCACUCAAAGGAGGAAUAACGGCAGUCAGAACCAGAUCCCGAGCUGCAACGACAUGUCGUCGGAGUCACAGUGCUCCCGGAACCCAAAGUGCCGGUGGUGCCGCAGCGACGUCCUCAACGACAUGUGCUUCCCAAAGCUCGAGGCUUUGCGCUUACCCCCACAGGUCUUCUCUUGCAAAAUUGACUACAGUCGUCUCAACAGAAAUCAUGAGAAAGCUUAG